AUGGCUUCCUCGGCGAAAUAUCUCACUGGCGAUGGUACCGCUAUUAAAGAGUUUCUCGACAAGUUUGAUACCUUUCUGUUUGAUUGCGAUGGUGUCUUAUGGUCUGGAGACCACGUCUUUGACGGAGUCCCGGAGACCCUCCUGCUCCUCCGGUCAAAAGGCAAGAGAAUCGUCUUCGUGACGAACAACUCCACCAAGACGCGGCAAGACUACGUCGAGAAGCUCGCCGGCAUGGGCAUCGAGGCCGGCGCCGACGACGUCUUCGGCUCCUCCUACUCCGCCGCCGUCUACAUCGCGCGCAUCCUCCAGCUGCCCCCCGGUAAGGACAAGGUCUUCGUCAUCGGCGAGGCCGGCGUGGAGCGGGAGCUCGCCGCCGAGGGCGUUCCCUUCCUCGGCGGUACCGACCCGGCCUUCCGGCGCGACAUCACGCCCGCCGACUUCGCGGGCCUCGCCGACGGCUCGCUGCUCGACCCGGCCGUCGGCGCCGUGCUCUGCGGCCUCGACUUCCACGUCAACUACCUCAAGCUCGCGCACGGCCUGCACUACCUGCGCCGCGGCGCGCGCUUCCUCGCGACCAACACGGACUCGACCCUGCCGAUGCACCGCGACCUGUUCCUCGGCGCGGGGUCGUGCAGCGCGCCGCUGGUGGGCGCGGUGGGCGAGCAGCCGCUGUCGCUGGGGAAGCCGAGCCAGGCCAUGAUGGACGCGGUCGAGGGCAAGUUCCGCCUCGACCGCGCCCGCACGUGCAUGGUCGGGGAUAGGCUGAACACGGACAUCAAGUUUGGCGUUGAUGGCAAGCUGGGGGGCACGCUGCACGUGCUGACGGGCGUCAACUCCAAGGCCGACUGGGAGGCCGAGAACGCAGUGGCCGUGCCAUCGUUCUACGCCGACAAGCUAAGCGAUUUGCGAGACUGUGAAUAG